GACUUCGCAGCUAAAAAAAAAAAAAAAAACCUAACUUCACCUAACAGGCAGUCUCCCCGUCUGAGAACCGGUAGCACCUGCAACUGGCCUUAAGCCGAACAGCCCCUAAGAUUCCGGGGGUGAGUAAAAAGAGGAAAUAAACACUGCCCACCUGUGAACUGCAAGUUGCUGGCCCAAAGCAUCAUCCAGUCUCACCAUCGGCCAGCCACAUAAUUAAUCGAACAAACAGAGCACCGACUCUCUCUCGCUCUCGUCCCUUUCCGUUACAGUCGAAAAACAAAUCCAACGGCUCAAAACCCAGCCAAAUCUCUAGACCCCCCUCUUUCUUUCUUUUCUUUAUUCUCUCUUAUCCGAAGAAAAUCCACUAACACACCAAAUAACAACAACUUGCUUGGCAUACACUAUAUAAAUAGCAUCUCUUUCUCCCUCUCACUCAAAAAUCAACAGUCUCGAGAGUAGCUAGCUAUGGGCACUGGUUUGUCAAAGGACGCAGACGGCAGCUCGCACGGAAAUGAAGGAGAAGAAAAUCCAGACCACGCAGGAGGUCAACUUUAUGUUUCUCUUAAAAUGGAGAAUUAUAGACUUAAAGCGGAACUCAUCCCUCAUGUCUACGGUUCCGUGCCUCUUGUUGGCUCCUGGGAUUCUUCUAAAGCUCUUUCCAUGGAACCUGAAUCGGCUUCAAUGUGGGAAUUAAGCUUUGUCGUUCCAUCUAAUCACGAAACUUUGGAUUUCAAGUUCCUGUUGAAGCCAAAGUACAGUAAUAGCCCUUGUGUGGUGGAGGAGGGUCCAAACCGGCUUCUUACCAGGGGAACAUUGCAAGGGGAAUCGAGGCUGGCAGUAUUCAAGAAUGGCGAUGUGACUGUGGAGUUUAGGGUGUUUAUUAAAGCUGAUAGAGUUUCACCUUUUGAUCUUGCGGCCAGUUGGAGAGUUUAUCAGGAGAAUCUCCAGCCUUCAACUGUUCGUGGAAUUCCUGAUGUCAGCAUCAAUUCUGUACCAAUGGCAGGAAUUGAGAAUGGCUCUCCAGCUAGUUUGGAGCUUGAUCUUGAACAUUAUGUUGUCCCAGCUCCUUCAACUUCUGCAAACUCUGCUUUCGUGUACGCAGCUAACAAUACAGAGAAUCCAAGGUUUUCCAAUGUUGAUUGCCCAGGCAAUGCUUCAUAUUCCUUCAAGGAUAGUGGUGUUUCUGCUGAUCAACCUACAACUAUUAAGGAGAUGGAGGUUGUUAUCCCAGAUCCAUCCAAGGUAUAUUCUGGUUCCGGCAUGGUUGAAUCAAAAUCAGUGGGGACAUUUUCCUCUUUGCAAAAGCAAGAUGGUCACAGGGGGCUCUUUGUGGAUAGAGGUGUUGGAUCUCCUAGAUUAGUUAAGUCAUCUAGUUCGAGUGCUUUUUCUUGUGAUCUCAAACUGGACACUGAAACCAAGAAUUCAAUGCCAGCAGCUGCUGGAGCUGUUGCUGCUGGAGCUGUUGCUGAUCAGAUGCUUGGACCAAAGGAGGAUAGGCAUUUGGCAAUUGUUCUGGUUGGUUUACCUGCCCGAGGCAAAACUUUUACUGCAGCUAAACUUACUAGAUAUCUUCGUUGGUUGGGUCAUGAUACCAAGCACUUCAAUGUUGGAAAGUAUCGGCGCCUUAAGCAUGGAGCUAAUCAGUCUGCUGAUUUUUUCCGAGCUGACAACCCUGAAGGAAUGGAGGCACGAAAUGAGGUAGCAGCAUUGGCAAUGGAUGAUAUGAUUGCCUGGAUGCAAGAAGGUGGCCAGGUAGGAAUAUUUGAUGCCACAAACAGUACCAGGAAAAGAAGGAACAUGCUGAUGAAAAUGGCUGAAGGGAAGUGCAAGCUGCAGAUUAUUUUUUUGGAGACACUAUGCAAUGAUGAACACAUAAUUGAAAGAAAUAUACGUCUUAAAAUUCAACAAAGCCCUGACUAUGCUGAACAGCCAGAUUUCGAAGCUGGAUUGCAAGACUUCAAAAGUCGGCUAUCUAAUUAUGAAAAGGUUUAUGAACCAGUAGAAGAAGGAUCUUAUAUCAAGAUGAUUGAUAUGGUCAGUGGACAUGGUGGACAGAUACAAGUUAACAAUAUCAGUGGCUACCUUCCUGGGAGAAUUGUUUUUUUCUUAGUGAAUACACACCUUACACCACGCCCAAUAUUACUUACCAGGCAUGGAGAGAGUCGAGAUAAUGUUAGAGGUAGAAUUGGUGGUGAUACUGUAUUGAGUGAUGCUGGAGAAAUUUAUGCGAAGAAACUUGCUAACUUUGUCGAGAAACGACUGAAAUCGGAAAAGGCAGCAUCUAUUUGGACCAGCACACUUCAAAGGACAAUUAUAACAGCAAGUCCUAUCAUUGGAUUUCCCAAGAUUCAAUGGCGUGCCCUUGAUGAGAUAAAUGCUGGAGUAUGUGAUGGAAUGACAUAUGAAGAGAUUAAGAAGAACAUGCCUGAGGAAUAUGAGGCACGCAGGAAGGACAAGCUGAGGUAUCGAUACCCUCGUGGAGAAUCUUAUCUCGAUGUCAUCCAAAGGCUAGAGCCUGUAAUUAUUGAACUAGAAAGACAACGGGCUCCUGUUGUAGUCAUCUCUCACCAGGCUGUGUUGAGAGCGUUAUAUGCUUAUUUUGCUGAUAGGCCUCUAAAAGAAAUUCCACAUAUCGAGGUGCCACUUCAUACAAUAAUAGAGAUACAAAUGGGAGUUACUGGAGUCCAGGAGAAAAGAUACAAGCUCAUGGACUGAAAUGCUCACAGAAGAUUUUUGCGACUCUUUACACGAACUUCCAAUGCAACUUCACAUUCAUUAAAUCUCCAUUCGUUAACGAGACAUAACACAAGCGUAAACGCACCAACUGUAUCUGGAAUAAUUUUCAUCGUUCCGACGGUAAAAUUCUUCUUGCGCGAACAAUGAUGGUGUUGUAACUUGAAAGUAGCUUCCUUUCAAUGCAUCCAAAAAAGUUUCGAACA